GAGCCAAUCCAUGCUGCGGGCGGUGCGAGCGGUGCUGGCGAGCGGAAGCGGGCGCGAGCUGAGCGGCGUGAGCGGUGAUGUUCUUGCCGCUCUUGUGGCGCAUGGUUUCUGCGACGAGGGAGGGAACGGAGUGGCCAAGGUCGGGUGGACCAAUGCGUCUGACUAUGUCAUUGUGGGCUCAUACAAUGGCGCUCUGGCCGGUGCUCGGACGGCGGCGGCGGCGGCGAGCGGAGGGAGGGUGGCCAGCCGAUGCGUGGCGAGACCGCUGGCCAAGCGGAUGGAGUUUAUCAUGAGGACGUCGUGUGUCAAGACUCUGGCCCACAAGCAUCGGGCGGGUGGACGGCAGCAUGUGUAUGCUCGGUUUGGCGCCGAUCUCGUGGCGUGGAUGGAGGCAAAGGCUCUUCGGCGGGUGGCCCUGGAUCUCGGCCCGGAUCUGGUCGAGCACCGCGUGGUGGCGUUUAAUCGGCGGCUCGGGAGCCGGUAGCGUAGGCUGGCAGAGCGUCCCCGCUGUGCGGCUCGACAGCCGGUGUUCAGCGGCGCUUCUUCUUGCCCUUGACACCCUUGGGCCGCGGACGCGCUGAGGACUGGGCUUCGGUGAUGAUCUCGGCGGCAACCAUUGACUUGGGCCACAUGAUCUCGGCAAAGUUUGCGGCGAGGCCGCGGUUGUAGAUGUUGACCAGCGACUUGGGCAGGUCCAUGGCGAGGAUGUCUGCGUCGGUGAGCUCGUUCUCGGGCACAUCGGUGAGGUCGCGGGCCGGGUUGUUGGCGGCGUGGGCCUUUGCGGCGGCGAGGCGGUCCGGGUCGGCGCGGAUCUCGCUCUGGCGCCAGCGCCAAUAGCCGAUGUCAGAGCGGGCGUCGGACCACUUGAACGUCUCGGCGGUGGUCGUUCCGCGGGCGAUCAGGUAGAGGUGGUAGAGGAAGAAGCAGUAGAGGGUGAGCGAGAUGACGGCCAUAAAGACGCCGACGCCGA